GAAAACUAAAGAUUCGGGGGGGAGCAGGAUCCGGAAACCUAAAGCCCUCAAACCCACCAGGCCGGGGAUGGCCCCUGCUGUAGCCCCCGAAGAGCCAGGGGACCAGUCUCUCUCCUAGAUAUUCCAGCCCCAGUGCCUGGCACAUCCCUUCACCUCCCACUCCAGGGCCGCCAUGGAGCUGAACGGGAAGAAGAAACUUCAUGCUCUUUCCUUGGCAGAGAAGAUCCAGGUGCUGGAGAUGCUGGAUGAAUCCAAGAUGUCCCAGUCAGAGGUGGCUCGUCGCUUCCAAGUCUCCCAGCCCCAGAUCUCCCGCAUCUGUAAGAACAAGGAGAAGCUGCUGGCUGACUGGUGCAGCGGGACGGCCAACCGGGAGCGGAAGCGCAAGCGGGAGUCCAAAUACAGCAGCAUCGACGAGGCCCUGCUGUGCUGGUUCCACAUUGCCCGCACCAAGAUGUGGGACGUCACGGGGCCCAUGCUGCUCCAGAAAGCCAAGGAGCUCGCGGACAUCAUGGGCCAGGAGUUUGUGCCUAGCAUCGGCUGGCUGGUGCGGUGGAAGCGCCGUAACAACGUCUGCUUUGGCCAGCGGCACCCAGCACGAGCAGUCCAUGCGCCGGAGCCCCCGUGCGACAAGGGGCCGGCGCCGGCUUCCCUCAGCCUGCCCCAGCUGCUGAAGGAUUUUGCCCCAGAGAACGUUUUUGGCUGUGGGGAGGUGGUGCUGCUGUAUAAGGCCAUGCCAGGCAGGGAGCGGGAGGGCAGGGAGCGGCUGUGUGUGGCGCUGUGCGUGAACGGGAGCGGCACCGAGAAGCGGAAGCCCGUGGUGAUCAGCAGGCGGCUGGCUCCGCGAUGUUUCUUUGGGGUCAACACGGAAGCUUUGCCGGUCCUUUACCGCAGCAGCGCUGAUGGUCAGCUGACACCGGAGCUCUUCUCAGAGUGGUUGACGGACUUUGACCGGGAGAUGGGCCGGCAGCAACGCAGUGUGGCGCUAGUGCUGGACGCUGAGCGGCGCUGCCCCAAUCCGGAGCCUGCCAACAUCCGCCUGGUCUUCCUGCCCCCGCGGCCUCGCCACGACGACGGCCCCUCGCCUUGCCCGCUCCAUCCUGAUAUCGUCCGGGAUUUCAAGUCCUGCUACAAGCGCAGGCUUCUGGGCAAAGUGUCCUCCAUCGGCAGCGAGACCAACAGCUCCCCCGCCUCCAUCGCUGCCUCCAUCACCGUGCUGGACGCCCUCCACAUGGUGGCGGCCGCUUGGGACAAAGUCCAGCCCUCCCUGGUGGAACGGUGCUUUGGGGAGGCCAGCUGCUCCAAGGGGAAGGGGUCCCUGGGGCCCCCCAGCCAUGCCCCCCCCAGAGGGAUGAGCCCGGAAGAAUUCUGGCGCUUUGUUGACUUGGAGACAGAGCUGGCCUGUCCCCCAGCCCUGCCCCCAGCUGGGGCCUAUAAGGAGGAGGAAGAGGAGGAGGAGGGGGAGGGAGAGGACCUUUUUGGCAGCCUGCCCACCAAGGCUGAUGCCCUGAAGGCCCUGGGGACCCUGCGGCGCUGGUUCGAGUGCAACGGCUCGGCCGAGGGGGUCUUCCAGCAGUUCUACAGCUGCGAGGAGGAGGUGGAGCGGCUGUGCUGCCAGUGAUCUCCCAACUCCCCACACUGCCCCUGACGGCCUCCCAACGCUGGAGCAUGGAGGGGCUGGUGGCCCUGUACCCCACCGACUCAAUGCUUGGAGAGCAGGAUUCCAGCCCAGUCCCCCAGUGCCUGAGUGCUGGGGCACUGGAUUCAUGCCCCAGUCCCCCACUGGGGGGCACUAGAGGGACUGGAUUCAUGCCCCUAUUCUUUGCCGUGGCCUCUGAGAGCUGGUUCUGGGGGAGAGGAAUUAGGGAACUGCCCUUUUCUUUCUUCUGGGUGCAUCUUUAUGGGCGUAUAAAGAUCUGAAAGAGCCCACACUACUAGUUCCUGCUAUUACCACCCCCUCAGCAGGAGCCUCAGCCAAAAGUGUUCCACUGGCAAUUCUGGGGUCCCCCCAUUUCAAGGCUGUCCUGCUAGUCACCACCCCAAAAGGGGCCAGGCCUCUUCAGAAGGGGGGCUUGAGUCAGGCUCCUGUUGUCCUAAUGGAAUCACAAUUACUGCAACACUCCCGAGUCGGGCUUGGAAACUUUUGCCCACAGAACUGCACUUCUGCAGGAAAUAAAUCCAGGGAAGAAAGAAAGGAGGAGUUGAAUUUUGACAGUUUCCCUCCCAAUUGUUUGAGCGCUAGGGCAUUCAACAAAACCAACCCCCCUGAAAGCAAUAGCAACACCAGCCUGAUUGGGAGAACAGCCCCCCGCAUUCAAUGGAUUUCCUUUCUAGGCACCUUAUCCUCCUUCAGCUUCCCAGGGAUCCAAGGAAAGGGAGGAAGAGAAGUGAUGUUCUAAUGUGAGGUAGUACACCACCCCAGAGCCAGCAGCCUCUGAUCUUUGGAUGGGAAGAUUUAACUUCCAUGGCUGCAGAGGUGAACAGAAGUGUAGGCUGGGGGUAGGGCACUGGCUUGGAAGUCAGGACUCCUGGAUCCUAUUUCUAGCUCUGGGAGGGGAGUGGUGUCUAGUGGUCAGAGAAGGCUGGGACUCAGGAUUCCUGGGUUCUAUCCCCAGCUCUGAGUGGGCUGUGGUGUCUACACUGCAAUGUAAGCCCAGGGCUUGAAUUUAGGCCUAACCCCCCUUCCGUCUACACACAAAUUGCGCUAACCCAGGGUCAGAGGACCCCACAGGAAUAGAAAGUUCAAGCCCUAUUGCUUUGCAGUGUAGAGGCAGCCCUACUAGACUCAAGCUCUGGGACUCUGCCAACAGUCUCCCACAAUCCCAUGGGUCAACUUUCUUUGUACUCUGGCCAGGCAAGGCUUCCCACCCUGCACCACGACCCAAGGCCUAGAGCAGCCACAUUUUGGGAGGGCGCAAGGAAGUGUGGGAGACAGUAGUUGAACUCAGGCCUGCAUAAUGCAGCAUAGAUGCUGGAGCCCUAGGGUGGGACCCAGGGUUCAACAAUUCCUAACCUGGGGUUACAAAGGAGUGUAGAUGCUCAAGCCCUAGGUUAACAAACCCAAGAUCUGCAACCUCCAGUUCCACUAACCCUGGACUGACUUUACAGUGUAGACAGGGAGUCCUGACUUCUGGGCUCUAUUCCCAGCUCUGCCUCUGACCUUGAGCAAGUCCCAAAUCCUCUCUGUGCCUCAGUUUCCUCUCCCACCCUUUGCCUAUUUAGACUCAGCUCUUUGGGGGCAGGAACCAUCUCUCACUAGGUGUACAGGGCCCAGCAUAAUGGGGGUUCUAAGUGCUACCAUAAUGCUCCUAAUAAACAAGGAAAUACCUUUUAAAAAGCAAGGUAACCAAACCAGACUUACAGGCCAUAAAGAGGAGCAGAUGCCUCAUUUUAUUAAUUCCCCCCUCCCCCACCUUCUUUUCAAGUCACCUUUAAACAAACACACUGUAAAAUAGUAUGAUAUUUCCUAUGGAAAUGGUACUGCCCCAGGGAGCUGGGCCACAGACAGAAUUCCUGGCUUGACGCACAGACAAUGGCCGAUGGUCCUAUUUUUCCAAUGGAAACUUAACUUGCUGUCGGGAGGUUUAAAUGUUCCCAGUUUGUUCUGCUGCUAAAAACAAUGGCCCCAGGAUUGGUGAGGUGGUUUUGCUUUGUUGCCUGGAAAUACCAGGAUGGCUUUAUGGGAAAGCAGUGGGAGUCGCUUCUAUCCCAGCUCUGGGUAGGGAGCUGAAUCUACUGAGGUAGAGCAGGGUGGGCUGGGUGUCAGGACUCCUGGGUUCUGUUCCCGGCUCUGUCACUGACUGGAGCCGUUCAAUUUGCCAUUCAGUGCCUCUUUUUCCUCUCCUGCCCUUCGUCUAUUGAGGCUCCAGGCUCUUGCAGGGACUGUGUCACCCUGUGUCUGUGCAGCACCUGGCCCAAGGGGUGGGGGGAGGCUCUCCAGUCUUAGUCAGAAAUGCCAGGCACUCUCAGAACAGAAAUAAUUUACUCACAUACCUGAGUAGUUUGCAAGAUCAGGGCCCUUACACAGGAACAACAACAAAACCCCAAACCUAGUCAAUAGACUGCAAGGGCCACUGAGGAUCAUCUCAUCUGCCCUCCUGCACAGCCCAGGCUGGGAAAAGUGCAGAGAUUGCAAACUUCAAUCCAGUUUAAUGACUAAUGUUUCAGGCUCUCCCCUGAAACAAGGGUAUCUGUGCUGUCGGCUCCGAGCUGCAGUCAGUUCCAGCAAAAAGACCACCCUUUGCAGACGGGGCUGUUAGUAGGUCUGGGGCCGUGGUUCCAGAGCCAUAGGUGCUGGAACUAGGGGGUGUGGCUGCCCCCCCGGCUUGAAGUGGUUUCCAUUAUAUAGAGGGUUUGCAGUUAGGUUUAAUGGCUCAGCACCCCCAUUAUCCAGAUUGUUCCAGCACCCGUGUCCAGAGAGCCCCGUUUACUUCAGCGGUUCACCCCGCUAAGAGCUGACUGUAGGGCUGAGGUCUCCAUUAAUUCAACCCACAGCUCCUUCGGUACCCAAGAUACGCUGGGUUUGGACUCGUCUUCUACAAAAUUUCCACCAUGGUUGUCGCUGCAGGAAAGCAAAUGCCGUAAACAGAACGGGUCAGGAAACGGGGUUUUGCCUUGCAAAAUUUUGAUGAAAAUAAAUAAAAAUCAUUUUGAUUUUUACAGCAAAGGUUGAAGGACGUCAGCCAAAACCCAAACUUUGUCCCAAAAAACCAUUUUGCUGCUGCUGCCGUGUCUCAUGGGAGUUGCGUUUCAGUUACCUCAUGCUCCCAUUCUCCUCUAUAGGCCAGGCUCCCAGGUCAGACUACAUCUCCCAUGAUGCACCGCUGUCCUCCCUCUUGAAAGGGUACCUCACUGGAAACGUCAUCUGUCUGGAAAAGACCAGCCCAUAGAGGAAAAACAAGGACAUGGGGCAUCCAAACUAAAACUCCCAUGAAGCAUUGCAGCAGCAUCUCCAAAUUGAAAUAUUUUGAUUUUUGACCAAAAAACCCAAACCAAUACAAAAAAUGCCCAGACAUUUCCCAUGGGAAGCAGGUGCUUUUUGCAAAAUAUUUUCUUUAAAUCAAAACCCCAACUUUCCAGGGACAAAUAUUUUUGAUGAAAAAUUUUCCUUCCGGCCCAUUUUCAACCUGGAUUGUGCAUCAGCCUGGGGUUCAUGCAGUCACAGUCUCCAAGUACCUGCGUGGGGAACAGAAAUUUGAGACUAGAGGGCUCUUCGGUCUAUCCAGCAAAGGCCUAGCAUGACCCAGCGGCUGGACGUUGAAGCCAGACAAACAAGUUCCAAGGAACAAUUGAUGAAGGGUUGGAGUGGAUUCUCCAUCACUGGCACUUUUGAAAUCAAGACUGGAUGUUGGGCUGACAGAUCUGCUUCAGUUCAAACAGGAAUUAGUUGAGGGGUGACCUGUGGCCUGUGCUAUACAGGAGGUCAGAUCAGAUGAUCACAAUGGGCCCUUCCAGUCUCAGAAAUCUAAGAAUUGCCAUCAGUACCACGUGGGUAUGUGACCCCACCAUUCCAAUUCACUUGGCGCUUCACAGCUAAACAAUUCCCAGGGAUACAGCCAACGUUUUGGAUUGGAUCAGGCGGCUGGAAAUCAGUCUCACCGCCCCUAGGAGUUCCAAAAUCAUGAGCCAGCUGAAAAAUCACCAUGCUAUUGACUUAAACAAAAAAAUGUUUUUUGUUUUGUGGUUUGUUUUUGAAACACACACUUUCCCCCCGUAAAUCUACUUUCUGGGUUUUCAGUUGUUUCCAAGCUUCUCCCUACACCCACAGGCUGGAAAUAUUAAAGCACACUUGCUACAAAAACACACAUGCACACACGGAUUGCAUUGGUUUCACUUAAACUGGUUUUUGGUUUCCAACUGGUUUAGCCGGCACCUGCAAAUUUACUGAAGCAAGCCAAGCAGCUCUGCACCCAGUUUGAAGCAAUACAAGCACGUCUUCACAGCGAGUCGCAUUAGUUUAACCAAGCCCGUGUCUAUACAGAAGAGCUGUGGCUUAGUGGGUAGAGCAGUGGACAGGGAUCUGGAUUCUAUUCCCAUCUCUGCCCCUGGCCUGCUGGGUGACCUUGGGCAAGUCACUUCAGAGCUCCAGGCCUCAGUUUCCCCAGCUGUAAAAUGUGGCUAGUGAUACCAACUGCUUUGUAAAGUGCUUUGAAUUAGUUUCAUAGAGUCUAAAGCCAGCCGGGACCAUUAGAUCAUCUAGCCUGACCUCCUUUAGAAACGCAGGCCAUUCAAUUCCAUCCAAAUAUCCCUGUGUUGAGUCCAAUGACUUUAGUCUCCUGAGGACUGUGUUUUAACUCCACUGUUGAGCCCCAGACAGAGAACAGGAGAGACGGAGGGUCCCCGAGGCCUCUGUGAGGCAGGGAUUGAUGAGAUGAGACAUGCCUGGAUGAUCCCAGCAGGCGGCCCACGCCCAGUGCUUUGGCAGAUCUAAUGACAAGUGCGGUGUGAGAGCUAGGUAUGUUUACAGUGCUACAGGUAUUCCUGGAUAAAUACACUAGGGUAAGUCACCAUCAUAUCUUUAACUGCCUCCACGCUAGGACAUGUACAGAUCUGAAUAAAGCAGUUAAAACAAGCCAAACAAUCACACCUGUAACUGACAGUUUUACCAGGGGCAAAAUCCGAGUGUACACUGGGUUUACGAGUCUCAUAAUACCAGGACAGCAGGAGCUUUAACAAGAAAGCAGCAAAUAUCAUGAAACCAGGGCAAUGCUGGGAAAAGAGGUUUUUUUAGAAUCCCGCAGUGGUUUUCUUGUAAGGUGAAUCAAAUGAAGGGGAAAAUGAACCGCUGGACAAAAGAGCAAGCGUGUUCCAUGUAGCUCACGCUCACCAGGCACUGAGGGUUUUAGUGCUGCUUAGAUUGGGAGGGAGCUAGAAGACAGGAUCUAUUCCAAGCCCACAAUUAAUUUAACACUGUCCUGAAGCCCCAUGACCAGCACAGUCAUCAGAUGGAGCCUGGAUAUUGGUACACAAGGCUGGGAGAUUCAGGGUCGUCAGAGUGUUAGGGAUUUGAAAGCCUUUCCCCACUUGGGGGCGCUGGUUCCCAUCCAGUCCCAGGGCAGCAGGACCGGCUUGCUCAGAGAGGUGGGAAACGGGAUGCAGGGCCUUUCCCCUCUAAGGGCACCAGCUCCCAUCUGGCUCCAAGGUGACGGGACUAGCUGACUUGGGAUGGAGGGGCAGGUGAAUGGGAUAUGGGCCCUUUCCCCUCUAGCGGGACUGGCUGGCUUAGUGGGCCAGAGAACAGGAUUCCAGUUAGGUGCCGAAUGUCCUGAACUUCCCCUGAAAAUCCCAGCCUCUCGAAUUCAGAGCCACAGUGAGAAACAGCAGCUAUAGUGAACAGAAAGACCCAGUAACAAUUAAUACAAAGGUUUUUUGGGGGUGGGGGGAAGGCAUCCUUUUCCUCCCCCCUCUGUGUCAUUUCCCAUGUUUUCUUUCUCAGAGAAUCUAUGUGAAUGCAAAUUAAAAUGCUAUCAAUAAGUCCUUC